AUGGGCAAAGCUUCACGGUGGUUUAGGAAUCUAUUCGGACUUACAAAACCCGACCCGGGUUGUCUGGAUCCAUCCUUCGAGACGCCUUCUCGCUCUCAUAAACGCCGAUGGAGCUUCGUCAAAUCCAAACGCGAAAAAGAAUUCGCACCGCAAAACCUCCAGGCUCCUCCGUAUUCGACUCCUCCGCCGCCGUCUCACCACCAAUCGUCUCCGUCGUCUCACGGUCGCCGCCGGAAACAGAAGCCGACGUGGGAGGACGAAGGAGGGGAAGAGUCGGACAAGCACGCGAUUGCGGUGGCCGCCGCAACUGCGGUUGCAGCUGAGGCCGCCGUCGCCGCCGCUCAAGCAGCCGCUGCGGUCGUCAGACUCACGAGCACUAGCGGAAGGUCGACGCGUAGUCCCGUCACGGCGCAUUUUAGCAAAGGGUUCGACGACGUGGUGGCGCAUGUUAGCAGGUUCGACGGACGUGGACACGGCCGCGACAGUCGUGAAGAUCUUGCGGCGAUUAAGAUUCAGUCCAUGUUUCGCGGUUAUUUGGCAAGGAGAGCGUUAAGGGCACUUAAGGGAUUGGUCAAGCUUCAAGCGAUAGUGAGAGGUCAUAUUGAAAGAAAGAGAAUGACGGUCCAUCUACGCAGGAUGCACGCUUUGGUUCGAGCUCAGGCUCGUGUCCGUGCCACUCGGGUCAUUGUGUCCACGCCUGAGUCCUCUUCUUCUCAAUCCAACAACACCAAAUCUUCUCACUUCCAAAACCCCGGUCCACCAACGCCGGAAAAACUCGAGCAUUCGAUCUCUUCUCGCAGCUCUAAGCUCAGCCAUUCUCAUCUCUUCAAGAGGAACGGUUCUAAGGCAAGCGACAACAACAGACCCUACACUGCUCAUAGAGACACAUUCUCAGCCAUGGACGAAGAAGAGAAAAUCCUUCAAAUCGACAGGAAACACAACAACUCUUACGCAAGGCGCAGCAGACCGGACAUGUUCUACUCAUCCCACCUCGUCCUUGACAACAGAGUCCGGUCUGAACCAGUUUACGCCAUGCCUUAUAGCCCGUCUUCGUCGCAUGAAGAGACCGUGAGCCAGUUUUGCACUGCAGAGAACAGUCCUCAGUUAUACUCAGCUACUUCUAGAAGCAAACGAAGUGCUUUCACGGCUAGUUCUAUUGCACCGAGUGACUGCACCAAAAGCUGCUGCUACGCUGACCACCCAAGCUACAUGGCUUGUACACAGUCCUCUAGAGCUAAGUCCCGGUCCGCUAGUGCCCCGAAGUGCCGUCCACAGUUAUACAUAGAGCGGUCUGCGUCCAAACGGUUUGGUUUUGUCGAUGUGCCUGCGCCGUACUGUGGUGAUACCAAGUCCGGUCCUCAGAAUGGUUCUGCUCUGCACUCUAGUUUUAUGAACAAGGCUUAUCCCGGUUCAGGUCGAUUGGACCGGCUUGGGAUGCCAAUUGGGUAUGGGUACUGA